CGUCUUGCCUACCAAACCAAAGUGGAGACGCACGCAUUCAUUCCCUUUGGAUCUCUCACUCCACUUUGGUUCCUCACUCUCACGCUGACUGACCUACCAAACCAAUCUCUCCUCCUCCCUCCCUACAAACCACCCGCCGCCGCCGCCGCCGCCCAGAGGCUCCCCCCUGCCGUCUCCACCCCGCCCCUCCCCUCCCCUUGUAUUGGAUUGGAUUGGAUUGGGUUGGGCCUUCUUGGAUCGGAUCGGAUUCGAUUGAGGUCAUUGGCAAGCAAGGAAGCAUGAGACCGACCGCACAUCUUGUCUUCUAGAAUAAUAAUAGUAAUGUCCAUGCUCGCGUGUGCGCUUCAAACCAUGGGCUCAUCCUGCAGCAGACCUCACUCAGUAAAUGAGGCAGACGCAGCUGACAACACAAGAUCUGCAGACAUCGACCGCCGCAUUCUGCACGAGACAAAGGCGGACCAGCACAUCCACAAGCUCUUGCUUCUUGGUGCCGGAGAAUCAGGAAAGUCCACGAUAUUUAAACAGAUCAAGCUUCUUUUCCGAACCGGCUUCGACGAGGCAGAACUCAAGGGCUAUACGCCCGUCAUCCAUGCCAACGUGUUCCAGACAAUCAAAAUACUAUAUGAUGGAGCUAAAGAGCUUGCCCAAGUGGAAUCCGAGUCUUCAAAAUAUGUGAUGUUACCCGAUAAUCAGGAGAUUGGAGAAAAACUAUCAGAAAUCGGAGGCAGGUUGGAUUACCCUUCGCUUAACAAAGAACUCGUACAGGAUGUGAGAAAAUUAUGGGAAGAUCAAGCCAUUCAGGAAACUUACUCGUGUGGAAGUGUGCUGCAAGUUCCUGACUGUGCACACUACUUCAUGGACAAUUUGGACCGAUUAGCUGAAGCAGAUUACGUACCAACAAAGGAGGAUGUGCUCCAUGCAAGAGUGCGGACAAAUGGGGUUGUAGAAAUUCAGUUUAGCCCCCUUGGAGAGAGCAAAAGGGGCGGAGAGGUGUACAGGCUGUACGACGUAGGGGGUCAAAGGAAUGAGAGGAGGAAGUGGAUUCAUCUCUUUGAAGGUGUUGAUGCAGUUAUCUUUUGUGCUGCCAUUAGCGAGUACGAUCAGUUGUUAUUUGAGGAUGAGACGCAGAACAGGAUGAUGGAGACCAAGGAGCUGUUCGACUGGGUGUUAAAGCAAACAUGUUUUGAGAAAACAUCCUUCAUGCUGUUCCUCAACAAAUUUGACAUAUUCGAGAGGAAAAUACAAAAGGUUCCUUUGACCGUGUGCGAGUGGUUUAAGGACUAUGAGCCAAUCGCGCCUGGCAAACAGGAUGUGGAGCAUGCCUACGAGUUCGUGAAGAAGAAGUUUGAGGAGGUCUACUUCCAGAGCAGCAAGCCCGAGCGUGUCGACCGGGUGUUCAAGAUCUACAGAACGACGGCGCUGGACCAGAAGCUUGUGAAGAAGACGUUCAAGCUGAUGGACGAGAGCAUGAGACGCUCCCGGGAAGGAACGGGGACGUGAUCCACAUGAGAAAGAAGAAAAACGGCAAUUAAAUUAGGAUGACACAGAAAUUAAGUUUACGGUGUCGUGUCGCAACUUUGUGUAUGUUGUAAUUCAUCAUUCUUUAGUGUAGAAGAAGAGGAACAAGACUGAUUGAUCCCUUUGUGCUUGCUUGCAAGCUCCAGGAAAGGAAAGGAAAGAAAUCUGAUGAUGAAUGCAGUCAGUAGCAUGCAAAGUUUGGAUCUA